GAUCGCAUGCAAAUACAGCUGGGACAUGAAGCUUUCUGUGGUAGCUGAUCUCUCCGAACAACACGAUUCAACCUGUGGAUAGUGUGGAGCGCGUCUGUGACCACCGGCCAGUCUCCGGCUAUCUGGGACGCUCUGCCUCCAGCCUGCUUUGCCGCGCGCGUCUUUUCCCGUUGGCUCUGGUCUGUGUCGGCGUGGGAUCCGGUGUUCCGUUUGACCUAAGCUGUGAGCAGGUAUUCAGUUUAUGAAUGGCACUGACAUGGAGGAAAUACCGUUUCAGAAAGUCAAAACCAGGCGGAAGAGAAGUCACUGUCCAACGGGCGUCCCUUUGACCACCAUCGCGUGUGAGGACGAGUUCGACUGCAAGGAGCUCGAGUCCCUCUUCCAGAACUACAACCUGAAGCUGGAGCAGACGUCCACUCUCAAAGCCCUGGCAGUCCUCAUCUUCAUGUCAUCGACACUGGCCUUGGUGGAGUUGCUGUCCGGCCCCAGCCUCACUAUCUCCAAGGGGUCCCAUCCGGUCCACUGUGUCAUCUUCGUCUCCCUGUUCAUCGUAACUAAUGUCAAGUACCUGCAAGUGACUCAGCUCCAACAGAUUGUCAACCUGGCGCUGCUCUUCGGCUUCACUUUCUCUUUCCUCUGCUGUCCCUUCUCGCUGGGCGCGAUUGGGAUGGAGCCCCCGACGUCCCCGGAGCAAGGCGUGUGGCAGCUCAUCCUGGUCACCUUCGUCGCAUAUGCGCUCCUACCUGUGCGGACACUGUUGGCGGUUGUUUUUGGAAUAAUGGUCUCCAUCUCGCAUUUGAUUGUGACUGCCACUUCUGUCACGCGAAAAAAACAGAAACUAUGGAGAACGUUGGUUGCCAACACAGUGCUGUUUACCAGCGUCAACCUGUCGGGGCUGUUUGUGCGCAUCCUGACAGAACGAGCCCAGAGGAAGGCCUUCCUUCAGGCUCGCAACUGCAUUGAAGAGAGACUCCGCAUGGAGGACGAGAACGAGAAACAGGAGCGCCUGCUAAUGAGUCUGUUGCCCAGGAACGUAGCUAUGGAGAUGAAAGAGGAUUUCCUGAAGCCCCCAGAAAGGAUCUUUCACAAAAUCUACAUCCAGCGGCAUGACAAUGUUAGCAUCCUGUUUGCAGAUAUAGUCGGUUUCACGAGCCUGGCCUCCCAGUGCACAGCCCAGGAACUGGUUAAACUGCUAAAUGAGCUGUUUGGAAAGUUUGAUGAGCUUGCCACGGAGAACCACUGUCGCAGGAUUAAGAUCCUGGGGGAUUGUUACUACUGUGUGUCUGGACUGACCCAGCCUAAGACUGACCACGCCCACUGCUGUGUAGAGAUGGGUCUGGAUAUGAUUGACACCAUAACGUCAGUAGCGGAGGCCACAGAAGUCAACCUAAACAUGCGCGUGGGCUUGCAUACAGGUCGCGUGCUGUGUGGAGUGCUUGGCCUCAGGAAAUGGCAAUAUGAUGUGUGGUCCAAUGAUGUAACCCUCGCCAAUGUGAUGGAGGCUGGAGGAUUACCUGGGAAAGUCCACAUCACCAAAUCUACGCUGGAGUGCCUAAAUGGAGAUUAUGAGGUGGAGCCUGGAAACGGUCACGAAAGGAACGCCUUCCUCCAAAAACAUGAAAUUGAAACCUUCUUUAUAGUGCCAUCUCACAGACGGAAGAUAUUCCCAGGAUUGAUUCUUUCGGAUAUAAAGCCCGCCAAAAAGAUGAAGUUCAAAACUGUGUGCUACUUACUAGUGCAGCUUAUGCACUGCAGGAAGAUGUUCAAGGCUGAGAUUCCCUUCUCCAAUGUCAUGAACUGCGAGGACGGUGAUAAGCGGAGGGCCAUGCGAACGGCUCCACAGAAGCUGAGGAAUCGUCCCAAAGCAAACCAGGCUACUGUGGUCCAGAGCAGCCCCAGAACCCGGGUCAAUCGCUACAUCGGUCGUCUGAUCGAGGCCCGCCAAACUGAGUCAGACACGGCGGAUCUCAACUUCCUCACACUCAUGUAUAAGUGCUCUGAGCGCGAGCAGAGGUACCACCAGGUUCCUGAUGAGUACUUCACCAGCGCAGUGGUCCUCUCCCUGAUCCUAGCUGCCUUGUUUGGCCUUGUCUAUCUUCUCAUCAUACCACAGGGCACGGUGGUACUUGUCCUUCUCGUCUUCUGCAUCUGUUUCCUAGUAGCUUGUAUCAUGUACCUGCAUAUCACUAGAGUACAGUGUUUUCCAGGGUGCCUGACCAUUCAGAUUCGCACUGCUCUCUGUAUUUUCAUAGUGCUCUUAAUCUACGCUGUGGCCCAGGCCUGUGUGGUGGGCUGUAUGCCCUGGUUGUGGGGUAGUGCCAACACCAACAGCUCCAUCGUGAUUAUUGAUUUGGACAGCGGCACCAACCACACCAUGGAGGAGCUGCCUUGUGACGGUGCCCACUACGCCUUUCUGUCCUGUGUGGUGGGCACACUCACCCUGGCACUUUUCCUGCGGGUCUCAUGGCUGCCAAAGAUGGUGCUAAUGCUCCUUCUGGGGGUGCUGUAUGUCACCGUGUUGGAGCUCAGCGGCUUUCGCAAGACUGAAGGUGGGGGGUCCUUCCACAUCCGGGGCUAUGAGCCCAUCCUGUCUCUGUUGCUCUUUGUCAGCGCACUGGCCCUCCACUCCAGACAACUCGACCUCAAACUACGCUUGGACUUCCUAUGGGCUGUGCAGGUCAGCAAGACUAGAGAUGGCAUGGAGAAAGUCAAGCUGGACAACAGGAGGAUUCUCUUCAAUCUUCUGCCCGCACAUGUGGCUCAACACUUCCUAUUGUCGAACCCCAGGAACAUGGAUCUAUACUAUCAGUCCUACGCACAAGUUGGUGUCCUGUUUGCCUCGAUCCCAAACUUCAAUGAUUUCUACAUCGAGCUGGAUGGCAACAACAUGGGAGUGGAGUGCUUGAGACUGCUGAACGAGAUCAUCGCUGACUUUGAUGAGCUCAUGGAUAAAGAGUGCUACAAAGAGAUAGAGAAAAUCAAAACCAUUGGCAGUACAUACAUGGCAGCUGUGGGCCUCGUCCCCACCAUUGGUACCAAGGCCAAAAAAUCUCCUUACGACCAUCUGAGCACAAUAGCAGAUUACGCCAUUGAGAUGUUUGACGUUUUGGAUGAAAUCAACUAUCAGUCAUACAAUGAGUUUGUGUUAAGAGUGGGUAUCAAUGUGGGUCCAGUGGUCGCAGGAGUGAUUGGGGCGCGGCGACCUCAGUAUGACAUUUGGGGGAACACAGUCAAUGUGGCCAGCAGAAUGGAUAGCACCGGAGUCCCGGGGAAAAUACAGGUGACUGAAGACGUCUAUCGCCUGCUAAAUAGCAACUAUGACCUGGUGUGCCGGGGCAAAGUCAGUGUCAAGGGUAAAGGUGAGAUGCUGACCUACUUCCUGGAAGGCAAGGUUCAGGGCGUGGGCACCGUAACCACUUCUUCAGUGGUGCGUUCCGCCAGCCUGGCGCGCCGGAUCCACUCCUGUGGCAAGACUAGCGUCCCGACCAAUCUGGGCAGCGCCGCCAGCCUGACCGCCUAUGCCGGCAUGGGCAGCAACGUACAGAUGAACACUGCCAACAGCAGCAAUAGCCAAGCGACAUGCCUGCCCUCAUCCUCUGUGCCCGCAGUGGGUGAGGAGGAUGAGGAGGACAUAGAGAUGACACAUAUUGAGAUUGAGACUGGGGCAGCUGUUGCAGAUGUAGCAGUGUAGGAUGAAAGACAGGACAAAAAACUUCACUGAAAAAAGGAAUAAAAACCCUGGUUGGAGGUCUAGAGAAGAAAGGGCUGUCCAGUUAUUUCCUUGAAAUCCUGAGCUACUGGCACAACCCAGAAUAUGCUCAUUUAGGAUAUGAACUUCCGGAGAAAUGACAUGGUGAUACGGACAAUCAUACUCACUUUUAGGGAUUUUUAAUCUGCUUGUCACUCUUGACAAACGUGGAGUGAAGAAGAAAGACACCCGGAAUCUCAAAUCCUCUUUUUACAUCUCUAUACAGGAUUAUUAGAUUUGUGGUUUUCCUGGGUUCCCUCACAUCCAGGUAUAAUGUGCAUCUUUGUUUUCUAUAUGGAACAUAUUCCAGGUAUAAGGGAUAUGUGCAUUGAUAUCCAGAAAAAGACUGAUCAUGCUAUUGCUUUUGCACUGUCUUUCCGAUUAUGCCAAGGAUACAUUGCAUUAUUUACAGUGUAAAAAUGGUGUUGUUUCUUUUUGGUGUGUGUAAGCAUGCAUGUGUGUACUUGUGAGUGUGUGUAUGCAUGUGUGGUUAAUUCUGAAUUGUAACAAAACAGCACAAAAUACUUUUUUUAUACUCAGAGCUCACUGGACGAAAUAGGCUUUUUUGAGACAUAUUUACAGUUAAUAGUGCAUGACUUUUACGAGCUGACAGCCAUAGUAACUGUACUCCUUUUGAAACAACCAAAGUAUUGAGCUUUCUAUCAAUAUUUAGUUUUACUGCUCAUAUUGCAUCAACAUACAAGAGAGAAGAGAAAAUGUUGUAGUAGGUUGAAUAUAUUUGGCAUAUUGGACUCAUGAGUAGACUUAAAAAGUGUCUUUUUGAACCCCUGAGAGACAAAACGAGGUUUCCUGAUUAUCUGAUUUAAUUUUUCCCUAAUUCACACACACACACACACACAUAUAUAUAUAUACACACUUUAUUUCUUUGUUAAUAUAAUGUGGUGUGUGUUAAGUCUACACACAGGUCAAUGAAAGGAAAGUGUGUGGAUGUGUGCUGCUUUGGAAACAAGUAAAUGCAAAAACUGGACCGAUCACAAAGAACAAUGAACAUCACAAAGAGGACCAAUACUCUCCUAUAUAUGGUGCAAACAUAUCUGUAGAUAUCCAGGAAGGCAUUCAUCCACACAGAAGAGAGCAUAUAUAUAUAUAUAUACAAUAAGCACACCAUUUCUAGAAAUGCAUGACGCAGUCCUUUAGCCUUUCAAAUGCUCCAUGUACAUUUUCACAUUUUCUGGAGACCACAGAAACUUAGGUGCAGAGUCUGGCUACUGUCGUCUAUCAGGCAUACAUUACCGUUCUCCGGCUUUUUCGCUAUCUUUAAGCUACAUUUUGAGUUUUCCUCAAACAAUAUCAGCUUUAGCAGCACGUCUCUCAGAUACAGUCUCAGAAAUGCGGGGCACUUCAGAUAUCUUUGUAGCCUGUAUCUUUAUCAGCGUUGAACUUUUACUUGAUCUGCAAAAGUGUAAAUAUAUCCUGUUUCAAGUUUUUGCCUUACUCAAUAAGCUUACAGUGAUUGCAACCUGCCUUUUUAGAUAUAUUCACUUUGAUAUGCAGAUCAUACUUUUUGUAAAUAGCCAAAAGCUGUAAACUAUGUUGUAUCUUGUACAGUGUAAAGUUGGGUUAUUGAAUAUUUUGUAAUAAAGACAAUAUUGGUGUAUAAAAUA